GGAACAUUCUUUUAUCCCAGCACGCCACCAAGAGUAAUGACUCCUCCUGUAUCAGCUACCCUGACAAUCUUUUAAGCAGAGAAGUAUACCAGGCGCAAUGAGGACCAUGUCAGAAGCGACGACGAGACACAGCAAAGCGAGGAGGAAUCGAAGCGAAGCAGGAGUAUAUCAAGAGCACAGGAAGAGCAAGUCGGAAUCAAGGAAGAGGCUCUCGAGUGAAAGGAGGAGCAGUUCAAAGCAGAGGGAGAGCGGGGAGGAGGGAUGUUCCCGAAAGGCCAACCACCAGCUUCAUGAAUACGUCCAUCAAGGAAUCGCCGGAAACAUCUCAUUUGGAUUGGACGGAGACGAAGAGAUGCCUGGCAGCAACGUGGCAGAAUAGAGAGACGGUCUUAGAUGGAAAACUCUUGCGCAGCUGUCCGGUAGCGUAUGAUGCUCGUUGGAAUAUUUUAAGCAAUCGGACAUCAUACGAAUAGUGCUACAUACCAUUCUAAUUAUGACAUCGGGUUCAUUCCUCACAC